AUUAUUAGUAUUUUGCAAUUGCCAAUUUCCAUUACCAUAUAUAAAUAGAUAUCCCCGCAAUCCACAAGACACAACCAACCAUGGCAGAACCACCUAAAGGGGACAUCUCCCCGGAGAGCCGCAACGAGGACGACGCCGGAGCCACCUUCGUCCUCGAGUCCAAAGGUGAAUGGUGGCAUGCGGGAUUUCAUCUAACGACGGCGAUAGUGGGGCCAACAAUACUGACGCUGCCGUACGCAUUCAGGGGGCUGGGAUGGGGCCUUGGGUUCUUGUGCCUCACCGUGAUGGGCCUAGUCACCUUCUACUCUUACUUCCUCAUGUCCAGAGUGCUCGAUCACUGCGACAAAUCAGGCCGUCGCCAUAUCCGUUUCCGCGAACUCGCCGCCGACGUCUUUGGUUCGGGAUGGAUGUUCUAUUUUGUAAUCUUUAUUCAAACAGCAAUCAACACUGGAGUUGGUGUGGGGGCAAUUUUGCUUGCUGGCGAAUGUCUUAAGAUCAUGUACUCGAAUCUUUCACCCCACGGAAGCCUAAAGCUGUACGAUUUUAUAGCAAUGGUGACAGUGGUGAUGAUAGUAUUAUCUCAGCUUCCCACAUUCCAUUCGCUGCGACACAUCAAUUUGUGUUCUCUGUUUCUAAGCCUGGCCUACACCUUCCUCGUCGUUGGUGCCUGUAUUCAUGCAGGUACCUCAAAAAACGCACCUUCAAGGGACUAUUCCCUAGAAGCCAACAAGUCUGAUAGGGUCUUCAACGCCUUCACUUCCAUCUCCAUUAUUGCAGCAAUAUUUGGGAAUGGCAUACUCCCAGAAAUACAAGCAACUGUAGCACCCCCUGCCACAGGGAAGAUGGUAAAAGGGCUCAUCAUGUGUUAUGCCGUAAUAUGCGUCACAUUUUAUUCUGCUGCAGUUUCUGGAUAUUGGGUAUUCGGAAACAAGUCCAAUUCUAACAUCUUGAAGAGCCUUCUUCCAGAUGACCGUCCUUCUCUCGCUCCCACUUGGCUCCUCGGCCUCGCCGUCGUCUUUGUACUUCUUCAGCUCUUUGCCAUUGGCCUCGUGUAUUCUCAAGUUGCAUAUGAGAUAAUUGAGAAGAAUUCAGCAGAUGCCAAGCAGGGAAUGUUUUCCAAAAGAAACCUCAUUCCGCGCAUAAUUCUUCGAACCAUUUACAUGAUAUUCUGCGGAUUUAUGGCGGCCAUGCUACCAUUUUUCGGGGACAUCAACGCUGUGGUUGGUGCUUUAGGCUUCAUUCCUCUGGAUUUCGUUCUGCCUAUGCUUAUGUACAACAUAACCCACAAGCCCUCCAAUUCAUCGUUAACUUAUUGGAUCAACAUCUCAAUCAUAGUUGUCUUUACUGGUGCUGGAAUCAUGGGUGCAUUCUCUUCUAUAAGGAUAUUGGUACUUGAUGCCAACAAAUUCAAGCUCUUUGGCGGCGAUAUUGUCGAUUAAAUUAACUUAUGUAUAGUAAGCAACUACGUAGCUUAAUUCGAUCAUCGCUGGAGCCUUAUGAUUGAUUCAAGUGAUGGGUGUUAUAUAUUAAGGGGUCCACACCUUGAAAUCUUAACUGUUCAUCGAUAAUAGUUAAUGAAAAAGUAUAGGUAGACAAUGAAAAUAUUAAACAAUGUAAACAAUGAAUAUAUCGGAUAUUCAAUUCACAAA